AGUUCCUCCUCGGUCGCUAAUCAGCGCAUGCGCAGCCUCCCAUCUCUCUUUUCUCUCGAGCCGCCAUCAUGGGUCGCAUGCACGCUCCGGGGAAGGGCUUGUCCCAGUCCGCACUCCCAUACAGACGCAGCGUUCCCACUUGGCUGAAGCUGACGUCUGAUGAUGUGAAGGAACAGAUUUACAAACUGGCCAAGAAGGGUCUGACCCCAUCCCAGAUUGGUGAGUGUGGGAAGAAGGGUCUCAUUGGUAUUGGGGGUGGGGGGGAUUAUGGGGGCCCCUGGCAGGUUCUUCAGGUGGAUCUGAUUGCAUGUUCUCUUCCUCAGGAUAAAGAUGCCAAAUUCCGUCUGAUUCUCAUUGAGAGCCGAAUCCACAGACUCGCUCGUUACUACAAGACCAGGAGAGUCCUCCCGCCCACCUGGAAGUAG